GCGGUCGAAUUGAAAGAGCAGAUGGAAGCUUGCAUCUCUGGCCUAGCUGACGAAAAUAAAGCGCUGAAAAGUCAACUUGCAGUAUCCGACAAGGUCAUCCGUAAGAGGACGUUCGAAUUGGGAGCUUACAAGUCUCAGGUCAAUGCAUGGCAGUCAAAGAUAUCGAACAUCAAAGGCUUUGUCAAUCAGCUUGGCUCUGACUUCCAGACCCUCCGACGAGAGCAGUUAUUGAGGUCAGAGAGCCAGGUUGACCUAUUGAAACAGGCCCUUUCUGCAACAGAGGAGAAGACGAGAUACGUUCGAGGCCAGCUUUCCGAUGAGAAGAAAAGAACUAGACUUCUUGAGCAAUACAUUCAAGAAUGCUCCCGCAGUCAAGAACCAAAGCUUAGUCAAAUCAGGGCUGAUCAGCUAGCGAUUCUGAAGCGAUUCGAGGCCGUAUUCCACACCUUGGGUGAAUUGAUUCAACUACACGACUUGACCAAGGAAUGCCGCGCAAGUGAUGGCGGCUGUAUAACGAACCUGAACGAGCAACUCCAAAAGGUCACAAGUCAGAUUGCGAGCGAAUCAACGCUGGCCGAGCAAAUCUCCAUGCAUACGGAGCAUUUCGGCGGACUAAAAGAAGCCCUUGAGCGCCUGUUACCAUUGACUGACCAAUUGAACUGUUCUAUUGAUGCAUUGAGGGACAAUCAAGCAAGGCUUUGCGGCCAAAUGGAGCAAUUCGAAGCCGACCUGGGUGAGGCACGGACUCUCAAGAAUGCUGAAGCUGCUGCGCUUGAACUCACGCGUCACGAGUUGGAGAAGGCUCAAAUAGAGGGCAGGAUGCAGAAAGUGGUGGCAGAGUCGGAGGCCAUGGCAGAGAAGUUGAGAGCCAAGGAUCUCGAGAACAAAGCCAUUCAAUCCUCCCUGCUUAAAGCCGAAUCAAGAACUCAAGAGAUAGAGUCCUGCGUCAUAAAGCUCGAAGCAGAAGUCGUCGCCCUGAAAGAUGCAGUCAACCAGGAGAGCCAAGUCCGAGAGGAGUUGGGCCGGGCCAGUGUCAUCGCUCGCGAGCAGAUCAAGGCCAGAUACGAACAGCAACACCGCGAUCUGUUGAAAGAGAAAGCUGAUUUAGCACAAUCAGUGGAACUUCUUCAAAUGCAGCUUGACGAUACUAAAUCAUCCUUUGUAAGAUGUCCUUUCCCAGUUUCUCGAUCAUGCGAGCUCACAAUUUACAGGAUGAGUUCAAGAUUUCACGAGACAAAGAAUAUGCCGAUCGAGCUUGAUUCAAAGACAAAAGAAGUCGAAGAGUUGACUUGUCGUGAAUCCGAGACGGUCACUAAAUUAGCUGAGCAAGAGCAAGAGCUUAAAAGACUGGCGGAACAAACAGCUCUGGCCGAAGCGCGUAGUAUCUGUCUCCAAGAUCAAAUUGAAGAAACGAAGAAGGCACUCGCCCUCGAAGACGAUCUUGUCAAUACCUGUGACGAGAAACACAAGAUUCAGACAGAGUUGCAGCAUAAGCUCGACGCUCUUUUGCAAGACAACAUGGAAAAACAAGAAGAGUGUCACAGAAUCCAGGAGAGGCUCACAGCUGUCCUAGCAGAACGAGCGGAUCUUGAGAGCAGCAAGCUGAAGACAAAGGAUGAAAUCCACACACUCCUCAAGCGGGUACAAGACUCAGAAGCCUGGGUAAACAAACUCAAGGAGCUUCUCCGUCGCGCAGGUCUCGCGGCGGCUACAGACUCGCUUACGGAGAUCUGGAGCAAGUUCGAGGUGACUUUGCUUUCUACGGCUGGCAUUGCGGUUGAGAGUCGACAUGAAUGUCGGGCCAAUCCUGUUGAAGAGGAGUCCUUUAGUGCGAGUAGCGGUGGCUUGCUACCCCAGGAGGAUAUGGAAAAGCCCCAGCACGUCAAUUCUAAGUUGACAAGCGUCGCUACUACAGUACCUGACAGCCAGACGACCACUUGUCUUUCACCAGCGAGGCGAAGUGACGGAAUCAGUAAUGACGAGGCUUCCGUGGACUCAAUGUGCUUGCUGGGGUCAGCUAUCGUUCCGUUUUCCAGCAUCCAGCCGCAAUCUCCUCGCACUGAAUGCCUGUUCUCAAGCAACGAUAGCUAUGACCUCGCAGCCAUGUUGAUAAUUACCCCGGAAUGGCAGCAGAACUCCCCAUCAAAAAGUUCUCCGAAGGCCGCAAGCGCAAAGAAUGAUGGCAGUCCGCGCAGAGGUGAAAGAGCACCCACGGUUCUCAAGUUAAACUUGAGUAGUGGAAACAGGAAACCUGGCGAUAACAGAGCGAAGCACAGGUCGGUCACAUUUGAGACGGAAGUCCCAGCCCCGCAGAAAGGGAAACGCAAAUUACACGAUAUGGAGACUGCUCACAGCCAGGGGAGCUCAGCAGACAGCCUUGAUGAGGACAAUUCCAUGCGGUCGCGAAGAACAUACUCUAAACAGCAACAGCAGUCAACCACCCGGGUUCAGGCUAAGUCCAGAGGUCAAGUAGCAAGCGCUUCUCAAGAAGACAUGGCACACGAGGUCACUGAAGCUGGAACGCCACGUUCUAUCAUGAACAAGAGGACUAGAGUAUCCUUCGACACAUUCAAGACCACAUCACAGACGAAGACAGUCACUGAGUAUUUCGAUCGCAAAUCAAGCCCUGAGAAGCUUGCCUCUGGAAGUAGCAGACCUGCGCUGAAUGACAGUCAGACUGGAUUCCAGAAAAAGCCGACUCGAGGUGGUGAUCGCUAUAAUGCUCGUUUCAGUCGAGGG